AUGGCCGCUGCCGCUGCUUCCGCAGCUGCGCUCGAUCCGAGUAACAGCACAAAAAACACCCUCAAACUCGAAAACACUGAGAAACGUGACACCUUGAUCGCCAUCGAAAAGAAGUACCAGGCCCAAUGGAAGGAGAACAAGGUCUUCGAGGUCGAUGCGCCCUCGUUCGAGGAAGCCCCCCAGGGCUCCAUGACCCCCGCCGAGCUCCGUGAGAAGUACCCCAAGUUCUUCGGUACUAUGGCCUACCCCUACAUGAACGGUACCUUGCACGCCGGUCACAGUUUCACUGCCAGUAAGGUGGAAUUUAUGGCUGGUUUCGCCCGCAUGGAGGGCAAGCGUGCUCUGUUCCCUCUGGGUUUCCACUGCACUGGUAUGCCCAUCAAGGCCUGUGCCGAUAAGCUCGCCAACGAGGUUAAGAUGUUCGGCCAGAACUUUGAAGGAUACGACGAGGAGGCCGAGAGUGCUGAGGCUGAAGGCGCCCCGGCCCCCACACAAGAGGUCAAGGCCGAGGCUGAGAAGUUCUCUGGCAAGAAGAGCAAGGCCGCCGCUAAGACCGUCAAGAUGAAGUACCAAUUCCAGAUCAUGCUGGCUAUUGGUGUUCCCAUUGACCAGAUCCACAAAUUCUCUGAUACUGCCCAUUGGUUGGACCACUUCCCCCCUCUCGCCAUCCGUGACCUUGAUAGCAUGGGUGCCCGCGUCGACUGGCGCCGUCAGUUCGUCACUACUGAUGCCAACCCUUACUAUGAUGCUUUCGUCCGCUGGCAGAUGAACCGCCUGCACGAGCUCGGCAAAAUUAUGUAUGGCAACCGUUACACCAUCUACUCCCCCAAGGACGGCCAGCCUUGCAUGGAUCACGACCGCACCGAAGGUGAGGGCAUUGGCCCCCAGGAAUACACCGCCAUGAAGCUCCAGGUCAAGGAAUGGUCUCCAAAGAUGGCUGAGCUCGUGAAGGGUAAGAUCGAGGACGACGCCAAGGUCUACUUCGUUCCCGCUACUCUGCGUCCCGAGACCAUGUACGGCCAGAACAGCUGCUUCCUCGGCCCCAAGAUCAACUACGGUCUGUUCAAGCUCAAGGAGAAGGAGUAUGUUAUUGUGACCAAGCGUGCUGCCUGGAACAUGGCCUUCCAGGGCCACUUCUUCGGCGACAAGUUCCCCAAGAGCCAGGAUGAGCUCCCCCAGGUUCUUGAAGCACCUGGUUCCGCUUACAUUGGAACUCUUGUCAAUGCUCCCCUGUCAUUCCAUACCGAGGGUAUCCGCAUCCUGCCCAUGGAUAGUGUCUCUGCUUCCAAGGGUACUGGUGUUGUCACCUCUGUGCCUUCCGACAGCCCCGAUGACUACGCCACCCUGAUGGAUCUGGCUAAGAAAGCCGACUACUACGGUAUCAAGAAGGAGUGGGCAGAGUUGGAAAUUUACCCUCUUAUCGAUACUCCCACCUACGGCAAUUUGACUGCCCCUGCCCUAGUAAAGGAACUCAAGAUCAACUCCCCUAAAGACACCGUUCCCCUUGCCAAGGCCAAGGAAUUGGCCUACUCGGAAGCCUUCUACAAGGGUACCAUGCUGGUUGGUGAGUACAAGGGGGAGCCCGUUAGCGCUGCCAAGGAGAAGGUCCGCAAGGCUCUCUACGAGAGUGGCGAUGCUUUCCCCUUCGCUGAUCCCAUGGGCAAGGUCGUUAGCCGCAGUGGUGACGACUGUGUUGUUGCCUACCUUGGCCAGUGGUUCCUGAACUACGGUGAGAACGACGCUGAGUGGCAGCAGGAGACUCUUAACCACGUUGUCAACAACCUUAACACCUACUCCAACGAGUGUAAGCACGGAUUCGAGAAGAACCUGUCUUGGCUCAACCGCUGGGCCUGCGCUCGUACCUACGGUCUUGGAUCCAAGCUGCCAUGGGACAAGCAGUUCCUUGUAGAGAGUCUGAGUGACAGUACCGUCUACAUGGCUUACUACACCAUUGCUCACCUGCUUCACGGUGACCGCUUUGGAAAGACCACCGGGUCCUUGAACAUCACAGCCGAUCAGAUGACUGACGAGGUCUGGGACUACGUCUUUACGAGACGCGAGAUCAGCGACGAGCUUGUUUCAAAAACCGGAAUUAACAAGGACGCUCUGCUGAAGAUGCGCCGUGAAUUUGAAUACUGGUACCCUCUGGAUGUCCGUGUCUCCGGAAAGGAUCUGAUCCAGAACCACUUGACCUUCUUCCUGUAUAUCCAUAUUGCUCUCUUCCCCAAGGAGUACUGGCCCCGAGGUGUCCGUGCCAACGGUCAUCUGCUCCUUAACGGUGAGAAGAUGAGUAAGAGCACUGGAAAUUUCCUUACUCUAAAGGAUGCUGUUGACAAGUUCGGUGCUGAUGCUACCCGUAUUGCAUUUGCCGAUGCUGGUGACAGCAUUGAGGACGCCAACUUCGAGGAGACUGUUGCCAACAGCAACAUUCUUCGUCUCCACACCCUGAAGGACUGGGUUGAGGAGAUUGCCAAGGACGAGACUCUCCGUACCGGCCCUGCCGAUGCUUUUGCUGACAAGCUCUUCAUCAACGAGAUUAACAACCUCGUUCGCGAGACCCAGAAGCAUUAUCAGGACACCGACUUUAAGCUUGCCCUGAAGUCCGGCCUGUACGACUUCACUAGCGCCCGUGAUAGCUACCGUGAAGCUUCCAACGCCGCUGGUGUCGCUAUGCACAAGGACACCAUCCUGCGCUACAUUGAGCUGCAGACCCUCAUGCUGGCCCCUAUCACUCCUCACUGGUCUGAGCAUGUCUGGCUCGAGGUUCUCAAGAAGCCCGAGUCCGUCCACUUCGCUCAGUUCCCUACUGUGCCAGAGCCCUCCCCCGAGCUCACCGCCGCUCAGAACUACGUCCGCAGCACUGCGUCCAACAUCCUGUCCUCGGAGGCCAACUUCGCCAAGAAGCUCUCCAAGGGCAAGGCUGCUGGCUUCGACCCCCGCAAGCCCAAGAAGCUCACCAUCUACGCUGCCAAGAAGUACCCUGCCUGGCAGGAGAAGUACAUCGACCUUGUGCGUGAUGCCUUUGACUCUCUGAACAUCUCCAUCAAUGACAAGGAGCUCAACGCCAAGGUUGGCAAGCUCGGUGAGAUGAAGAAGGCCAUGCCCUUCAUUCAGACCCUGAAGCGCCGUUUGAUUCAGACCCGCGAGGCUCCCGACACUGUAUUCGAUCGCAAGCUUCCCUUCGACGAGUUGUCCGUUCUGUCUGAGAUGACUGGUGGUCUCAUCCGUACUGCUGGCUUCAAGGCGAUUGAGGUUAUUGCUGUCAACGAGGGCGGUAAGACUGGAGAGGUUGUUGGCUCUGGCGAGACCCGCGAGGGUCUGAAUGCUGAGAACGCCGUCCCUGGUCAGCCUACAUUCCAGUUCACCAAUGUCGAGUAG